GGCUGUGUUCCCCAAGCGGAGGCCCCAGCGGGGGCGCCCCUGCUGCGGACUCUGGGGCGGUGCGUGAGCUCAGCACCCGUGCGGCGGGCGGCGCGGCGGCCGGGUCAGGUGGCCUCCAGCUCUCAGGUUACGAUCCGCGCCGUGGGGAUCCUGGGUGCGGGUGUGACGGCCGGGCACCUGCGGCCGGCCCGGGCGGCUCGAGUGUCCUCUGGAGUCCAGCAGCGGGGAAGCCCUGAGAGCGCCUUGUGCGGGCCACCUACCUCCGAGCCGCAGUUUGCUCACCUGUGACACCGUAGGCCCGGACUCAGAGUCCUAAGGUCUUGUAACUCUGAGCGAAACUUCAGUGGAUAGGUGAAGAAGCCAGCCAGCAAGGGAAAGUUGCUGGUCCUGUGUCACAGGCCUAAAGCCUGACUUUGAGUCCGACAGCCCUUUCCAGUAAAUCUUUCCACCACCUAAGGAGUCUCCUGUGUAUGGCAGGAGCAUCGCUGUGUAUGGCAGAGGCUGGUACUGGAAUAAAGCGAGGUGGCGGGAACACCCGUGUCACAUUCGUUUUUCUGUCCUCAAGAUCUAAUAGGCACCCACAGGAAAUAAUAAGCAUUCACCAAAUCCUUACUGAAGGAAAGUUCUGGCAGACCCAGCACCACUGUCCCUAAAAAGUUCAAGAGAAUAGGCUUCAGUCCGGUCCCUGAAUGGCUGGCCUCCAGUUGGCACCACCUCUGCCUGUGGGCGUUAUGCUUCCAUAUAAUGAAAGGGAAGCUCCAGGGCUCCUCUCAGCUAAGCAAGAGCCCUAUGAAAAAGGUGACUCUUCUCAGCGGUCCUCCAUGGGGCACCUGAGGAACAAUUUCCAGCAGAAGCUUUUGAGCAACAAAGAGCUGACGCUGGAUAAUCUCUACACUCACUCCAAAUGGAACGCCUGCACAAAAGCUGGGAGCUGCUCCUAUCCCCACUGUGUUGGAAUCAGCCAGCAAGAUUCAAGAAGCGAUUCCCAAGGCCAAGCAAAGGGUUCGUUUUACUCAGCAAAUUCUCAGUCCUGGUAUCCCAAAGCAAAUAAUCAGGAAUUCAUCCCCUUUACGAAGAAGCGAGUUGGGGUAGACCGGGCAUACCCGCUGAAACCCGUGUUCCAUAGGAAGUCUCACAGUACAAGUGAAGCUGGCAUUGAUGGGGACCAGGAUGUCUCUCCGAGACCCCCUGAACCAAGAGAGUUUCCAUACAGCAGCUUUGGUUCAAGGAACUGGGUGAAUGCAUCUGUGCUCCAUGCCAUUGCUGCCACACAGGAGGAGAGAGCCAUGGCAAACCCCAACAGGACCGAAUGGAUGCAGAUCCAAAGACUAGAAGCUGCAGGGGAGAGCUUACAAGAGGAAAUCCGGAGAAAAGAAACCCUCCUUAGGGAAAAGCUGAAGAAGACAGAGGAGGAACUCCGAAGGAUCCAGAAAGAAAAGGAACAGGCUAAGGAAAAUGAAAAAAGAGAGCUACAGAGAAUGACACUCCCCAGGAGGAGAAUUAAAGGUAAUAGCAACACCACAUACAAACCUACCUUCUCCCCAGAAUUCGGGUCUGAGGAGGUCUUCAGUAGAGACAGGGGAGAAGAUGAACUUUGGGGACAGUCUCAAGAAAAUUCUGGUCCAUUCCAGUUCUCUGAUUACGGAAUACAGAAGCUCAAAAGGGAAAGACUGGUGGCAAGCAAUAACAGAAUCCGAGACCUAGUCUCAGAGUCAUCAAAGGAGUUUUCUCAGUCUUCAGAAGGGCCUGGCAGUGUUUUGUGGGGAUCCACCAGCAAUUCUAGUUUGUCUAGGGGACCAGACUCUUCGGUUUCCAGCUGUUCCACUGAAGACCCCAAACUUGGCGAAUGUAGCCACUGUGGACGCAAGUUUCUCUUGGUCAGACUGGAGAGACACUCCAACGUCUGCAGCAGGAUGCAGGGUUCCAAGAGGAAAGUGUUUGACUCCUCCAGGGCCCGGGCCAAGGGCACAGAACUAGAGCAGUACCUGAACUGGAAGGGGCCAGCCCCAGUCAAGGCUGAACCUCCUCAGAAGAGCAACUGGAGACAGAAGCAUGAGUCUUUCAUCCGUACUCUCCGUCAGGCCCGAGAGGUCCAGCAGGUAAUUGCCAAAGGUGGAAACCCCUCAGACUUGCCACCCAUUCUACCUGCAGAAAAUCCAGAUUAUAUUCAGUGUCCACACUGCAGCCGCCACUUUGCUCCCAAGGUGGCUGAGCGCCACAUUCCCAAGUGUAAGACCAUUAAGAAUCGGCCCCCACCUCCAAGGAAGCAUUACAGUUGAACAGACAACAGUGGAAGUCUCAGAAGGCUCUGCUUCUCUUCAGCAGUAAAUGGGAGAAUAAUUUGAUACAAACCAGAACUAAAACCUUUACAUCUCCCACAUCUGCCUGCAGAACUUAAAUCAGUGAAGAGACUCAUUGCUAAGCAGCAGGAAGCAAAAGGAAGCUUCGGCUUCCCACUAAAUUACCAUGUUGGGCUGGUGUGCCUUUCUAUUGCCCUCAGAACUGGUGGGUGAAGACACUUGAGAGUAGCAAGUGGGCUAUAUUAAAUCUCUCUUCUCGCAA